GAAGAAGAAGAAGAAAAGUUUUGACUGCAACAGUGACAGGUGUCAAGAUAAAAACAACAAAUUUGUAUUUGUGAUUAAAAAGGUGAAAAAUGUCUUUUUUGACAAAUGCCUUGGGUGGAAAUCCAUUUUCCACACCAGUGGGAAGUAGAAUAGAAGAGGCAACAGAUGCUUCCUUGGCCUCUGAAAACUGGGCCCUCAACAUGGAAAUAUGCGACCUCGUCAAUGAAACCGAAGAAGGUCCCAGAGACGCGAUCAAAGCCAUUCGCAAAAGGUUAACCCAGUACGUGGGCAAAAAUUACACUGUCGUAAUGUACACCCUCAUAGUAUUGGAGACGUGCGUUAAAAAUUGCGGCAAGAGGUUUCAUGUGCUGGCGUGCAGCAAAGAUUUUGUACAAGAGUUGGUCAAGUUGAUAGGUCCGAAAAACGACCCGCCCACAGCUAUACAAGAAAAAGUGCUCAGUCUCAUACAGUCGUGGGCCGAUGCGUUCCGAAGCAAAUCGGAAAUGUCCGGAGUUGUGUCGGUUUAUCAGGAUCUGAUGGCAAAGGGCAUCGAAUUUCCUCCUACAGAUUUGGACUCGCUUGCUCCAAUCCACACACCACAAAAAAGUGUGGAGUCAGAAGUUCAGAUGGCAGCCGAACUUCCCGUGGCCGGUGAAACUUCAUCGCCUACAGUGGUACCGCCAGCAGGAAUAUUAACUGUCGAACAACGAGCCAAGCUACAAUCGGAACUCGAUGUCGUUCAGAGCAACAUGAGCGUCUUGGCGGAAAUGUUGGGCGAAAUGAAACCAGGACACGAGCAACCCGACGAAUUGGAACUAUUGCAGGAACUACAUGCGGUAUGCCGCAGCAUGCAGACCAGGAUGGUGGAGCUGAUAGGUCAGCUGGCAAACGACGAACUGACGGCCGAACUGUUGCGCAUCAACGACGAGCUGAACAACCUGUUCCUGCGCUACAGCCGAUGGGAGAAGAAUCGCGGCGCCGGUAGCGGUCAGUCCGCCUCCGCCAUACUGACGAAAGCGAUUCCGCCUUCGAACAGCGGCGGCGCGAGCGGCACCAGCAAGCCGCCGCUGGAGAGCAGCGACAGCCUAAUCGACUUCGAUGACGACGUGCCCAAGCAAAUGGGAAAAUUAACCUUGUCUCCCAGUAAAGCUCCAUCAAAUACUGCAGGAAAAGGUGAUGAUGAGUUUGAUAUGUUUGCACAAUCCAGAAAAGUAACAUAUGAAAAUUCUAAAACAAAGGGAAGCUCCUACAGUGAUAACCUAAAUCCAGACCAAAGUGCCAGUAUAAAUUCUCAGGGAAAAUCUUCUAACCCAGAAGAUAGAGAGUUUGAUGAAAUGGCCAAUUGGCUUGAUGUAACGACUGGGGCUGAAGAAUCUGUGACAAGCAGCGAAUUCGAGCGCUUUUUGGCUGAAAGAGCAGCCGCCGCAGAAAAUUUGCCGCCGGCCACCACGACGACGGUGACAAAUCCGACGAAGAUAUAAAAAAAGACAAAGAAGAAUGUAUGUAUGCAGGAGAGAUUUUCUCCUCAACGUUAUUUAAAUACCUUAAAUAAAAAAGUUAGAAUGUUUUGUUCUGAUUGUUUGUUACAAACUUUAAAAAUUUGAUUUAUUGCGUGCAAUGUGAAUAUGGUGGUUUUGAACUGUUUUAAGUUGGGGUUUGCACUCAUACUGUCCUGCAACAAUAUCUAAAUCAAAUUUGUAUUAUUUUGAUUUAAAAUUGAAUUUUUUAAUUUUUUUACUUACAUUUUAUUAAAGUAUUUGUAAAAAAAAAUAAGGUAAAAUGUGACAAAUUGUUACAAAGUUUUCUUUAUUUAGCAAAAAGAAAAUAUAUUCACCAAUGACAUUUUAUAUCUUUUUUUCUAGAUAAUUUGUAAAAAU